CAGCUUUAUAUGCCUUUGCGGUGCUCACAAAAAAAAAAAUCAUGUCCGAAAAGUGAUCUGUCGCUAUAAUGUCAUUCCCGUGAAUCGAGACGAUUAAAGUUCACAUUUCGAUUGGACUGCUCGUGUAUAAACUGACUGUAUUUCAGUAUAUCAUUUUUUUGCUAAGUGGAGAGACUGUAUUGCUAUGUGUUUUUUCACAUAGGCCUUACAAGCGAGCCCACCGUCUGUGAGAAGGCUAAAGUUAGUUGCUUACAAUCCAAUUUUCCGAUGUGAUUUAUGAGUAACGAAGUCGACGAAAGAUGGACACAGACACAUUUAACUAUGUCUACAGUUGUGACUUGGAUAUUAAUGUUCAACUGAAAAUAGGCAGCUUGGAGGGCAAGAGGGAGCAGAAGAGCUACAAGGCGCUGCUGCAGGAUCCCAUGCUCCGGUUCUCUGGCCUCUACCAGGAGAGCUGCUCAGACCUCUAUGUUACCUGUCAGGUGUUUGCAGAGGGCAAACCUCUGGCGCUGCCCGUACUCACCUCCUACAAGGCGUUCAGCACCCGCUGGAACUGGAAUGAGUGGUUGAGGCUGCCAGUGAAGUACCCAGACCUGCCCCAGAGUGCCCAGGUGGCCCUAACAGUGUGGGAUGUGUACGGGCCGGGCCGAGCCACCCCUGUGGGGGGAACCACUGUCACCCUCUUUGGCAAAUAUGGAAUGUUCCGGCAGGGGAUGCAUGACCUGAAGGUGUGGCCUGGGGUAGAGGGGGACGGAGGGGAGCCCACCAGCACCCCAGGUAGGACCAGCAGCAGUCUAGCAGAGGACCAGAUGGGAAGACUGGCCAAGCCCUCUGACCUGGAGUUUCUCAGUGAUCUGACCAAGGCCCACCGGCAGGGUCACAUGGUGAAGGUAGACUGGUUGGACCGUCUCACCUUCAGAGAAAUAGAGAUGAUCAAUGAGAGGGAGAAACGCAGUUCCAACUUCAUGUACCUAAUGGUGGAGUUUCCUCGUGUCAAAACUGGUGAAAAGCCAGAGUACAGUAUUGUCUAUUAUGAGAAGGAUGGAGAUGACGCCUCACCUGUGCUCAUCAGCGCUGACAUCGUCAAAGUCCCCGACCCUCAGAUGUGCAUGGAGAACCUUGUGGAGAGCAAGCACCAUAAGCUAGCCCGUAGCCUACGGUGCGGACCGUCAGACCACGACCUAAAGCCUAACGCUGCCACACGAGACCAGCUCAACGUCAUAGUGAAUUACCCCCCAACGAAGCAGCUGAGCUCUGAGGAACAGGACCUGGUGUGGAAGUUCCGUUACUACCUCACCACUCAGGAGAAGGCGCUGACUAAGUUCCUGAAGUGUGUGAACUGGGCCCUGCCCGGGGAGGCUAAGCAGGCCCUUGAGCUGCUGGGGAAGUGGAGGCCCAUGGACGUAGAGGACUCCCUGGAGCUGCUCUCCUCCCAGUUCACCAACCCCACCGUACGACGCUACGCUGUGACCAGGCUGCAGCAGGCCGAUGACGAGGAUCUGCUGAUGUACCUUCUCCAGCUGGUCCAGGCUCUGAAAUACGAGAUCUUCACUGACAUCCAGGGAGGGCUGGAGCCAGGCAGCAAGAGGGACAGCCAAGGCCUGGGAGAGAGCUCCACCCUGGGGGACCUGGACAGUCCCCAGAUCUUGACUGCUCCAGCGGUGCCCUCACCUGUCCAGAAAGGAAAAGAAGGGGCGGCCAGCGAGAACCUGGAGCAGGACCUGUGUACCUUCCUCAUCUCACGUGCUUGUAAGAACUCAACACUGGCCAACUAUCUGUACUGGUAUGUAAUAGUGGAGUGUGAAGACCAGGACACCCAGCAGAGAGACCUGAAGACCCACAAUAUGUACCUCAACGUCAUCGGGAGGUUCAGCCAAGCACUGCUCAAGGGUGAUAAGAGUGUGAGGGUGAUGCGGUCUCUCCUGGCGUCCCAGCAGACGUUUGUGGACAGACUAGUACAGCUGAUGAAGGCUGUGCAGAGAGAGAGCGGCAACCGCAAGAAGAAGACGGAGCGACUGCAGGCUCUGCUGGCGGACAAUGAGAAGGUGAACCUGUGUGAGAUUGACCCCAUCCCUCUGCCUCUGGAACCCUCGGUGAGAAUCAGAGGCAUCGUGCCAGACACCGCCACGCUGUUCAAGAGUGCUCUGAUGCCAGCCAAGCUGAUCUUCAAGGCUGAGGAAGGGAAGAUGUAUCCUGUCAUCUUUAAACAUGGAGACGACCUGAGACAAGACCAGCUCAUCCUACAGAUCAUCUCUCUCAUGGACAAGCUGCUGAGGAAAGAGAAUCUAGAUCUGAAGUUGACGCCUUACAAAGUGCUGGCCACAAGCACCAAGCAUGGGUUCAUGCAGUUUGUCCAGUCGGUGCCUGUGGCUGAGGUUCUGGCCACUGAAGGAAACAUCCAGAGUUUCUUCAGAAAACACGCCCCCAGUGAUAAGGGGCCCUAUGGCAUCAGCUCUGAGGUGAUGGACACCUACGUCAAGAGCUGUGCCGGUUACUGUGUCAUCACAUACAUCCUGGGUGUGGGAGACAGACACUUGGACAACCUGCUCCUCACAAAGACUGGAAAGUUAUUCCACAUAGACUUUGGCUACAUCCUGGGUCGUGACCCCAAGCCCCUGCCUCCCCCCAUGAAGCUGAGUAAGGAGAUGGUGGAGGGGAUGGGCGGCAUGCAGAGUGAACAGUACCAGGAGUUCAGGAAACAGUGUUACACAGCCUUCCUUCACCUCAGGAGGUACUCUAACCUCAUCCUGAAUUUGUUCUCUCUCAUGGUGGACGCCAACAUUCCUGACAUCGCCCUGGAGCCUGACAAGACUGUUAAGAAGGUGCAGGACAAGUUCCGAUUGGACCUGUCGGACGAGGAGGCCGUUCACUACAUGCAGAGUCUGAUUGAUGAGAGCGUGGGGGCUCUGUUUGCUGCCGUGGUAGAGCAGAUACACAAGUUUGCCCAGUACUGGCGCAGAUGAGAAAGACAGAAAGAUCAUCUGACUUGGACAGUGGAUGGAUGGACAGAGAGGGGGAGCUGUUGCCAUAGUAACACCAGGUCCCCCGACCCUCCACUGCAGGUGGUGUGUGUGUGUGGGAGAUUGACAGGAUCCAUCCAUGACACUGAUGAACGGAGGCAAAUGAUGCUCUGCCAACCUCUGCUCGCUGCAAGAAUGAAGAAACCUCAACCCGGACUGUGCGUUCGCAUUCUGUAUAUAUUGUGUAUAUUAUUGAUUCAACAUAUGAGAUUUAUGGCCAAAUAAAACCCUGUUGCUACAGUAUAA